GUCACCGCAAACUUAUCCAUACCACACCCGGUUUCAGGAAAAUCCUGAUUUCCACCCAGUGAAAAUUGCUUGAAACCAGUCGCGAGAUUCGCGUAGACUGACCAGAGUCCGCGAAUUCUGAGACCUCAAGAUGACUGAACAGCACCGCUUUGGUACUUUAGUGAGCCCCAUCACGUGCCACGCCUGGAACAAAGACAAAACCCAAAUCGCCCUAUCACCCAACAACCACGAAGUCCACAUCUACAAGCGCACCGGCUCCGAAUGGAAGCUGCUCGACGUCCUCAACCAACACGACUUGCGCGUUAUGGGUAUAGACUGGGCUUCUAACACCAACCGAAUCGUCACCUGCGCUGCGGACCGCAACGCCUACGUCUGGACUCUCGACAAAGACAACAAGUGGAAACCCACUCUGGUCCUCCUGCGUAUAAACCGCGCCGCCACUUGCGUGAAAUGGUCACCUGACGAAAACAAGUUCGCCGUGGGUUCCGGCGCCCGCUUGAUCUCAGUUUGCUACUUUGAGUCAGAAAACGACUGGUGGGUGUCCAAACACAUUAAAAAACCCAUCCGGUCGACAGUCACCACUUUGGACUGGCACCCCAACAACGUGCUACUCGUCGCCGGGUCAACCGAUUUCAAAGUGAGAGUCUUUUCAGCUUACAUCAAAGAUAUCGAGAAGACUCCAGAACCCACACCGUGGGGCUCGAAAAUGCCUUUGGGGCACCUUCUGGCGGAGUUUGCCAAUUCCAACUCAGGUGGCGGUUGGGUUCAGAGCGUCAGUUUUUCGCCCGAUGGGAACAAGGUUUGCUGGGUGGCGCACGACUCAACUAUUAAUGUUGCAGAUGCCAGUAAAGGGAACGCUGUUUUUAAGCUGCGUACGGAGUUUUUGCCGUUUUUGAGUUGUACUUGGAUCACGAAUAAGUCGAUUGUGGCUGCUGGGCACAGUUGUAUUCCGAUUUUGUAUAGUUUGACGGAUAAUGGGCAAUUGAGUUUUGCCGGGAAGCUGGAUAAUUCGCAGAAGAAGGAGCUGGGGGGGUUGACUGCGAUGAGGAUGUUUCAUUCUUUGGAUAAGCAGGCGAGGAGCGAGUCGUCCGAUACUAAUUUGGAUUCCAUUCAUCAGAAUGCUAUUACUUGUGUGUGCGUUUAUGGGGGCACGAAGGGCGGCGUUACGAAGAUAAGCACGUCUGGAUUGGAUGGGCAGUUGGUUAUUUGGGAUUUGCAUUCGCUGGAGAAGGCGAUUCAAGGGUUGAAGAUUGUUUGAGUUAAAGGAUUUUGUAUUGUGUUGACGAUUUCAGUCGUUUUUCGAUAAUAAAUACUUGUCAGAUUAAA